AUGACGGUGAUAGCAGCAUGCAGUCGCUUCCUGCGCCGGUAUCUGUUCUGCCAGGAAGCAUUGAUCUUCUUAAUUUUAUUUGUGAUCGUCUACAAUUCUUUGUUCCACGUCAAGCCAAUAUGGCGAUAUUUUCAAAGGGCAAAAUUGAAAAUGCAACUCCGAUGGAACGGGCCGAACAACACAUAUGAUAAGGGUCCAGCUUCUUUAAGUUAUCCUGAAACUGCAGAGAGGAAGGCCUCAUGGGAUUUAAGGAAACAAAAUGCAGCAGUAUAUGCGAUUCAGGGACGACGCCCACACAUGGAAGACAGGUUCAACAUUGUCAGUCGUUUAGAGCACACAGGCACAUCUAUUUAUGGAGUGUUUGAUGGACAUGGUGGAGAGUUUGCUGCUGACUUUGCAGAGAAGACCCUGUUUAAAAGCAUUAUGAUUCGGCUGUUGAAGGCUUCUCUUGAUGAACAAACAGAAAAUUUUACUUCAAUGCUCACACAGGAAAUGCUGAACGUUGAUAACCAACUUCUGGACAUCGCUCGCUCAAACAUGGAUAUCUCAGGUUCUACAGCGUUAGUUGCUCUGGUGAAGGACGGUAAACUGACUGUGGCAAACAUUGGUGAUUCACGAGGUGUUCUGUGUGACAAAGAUGGCAGAAGUAUUCCCUUGUCAUAUGACCACAAGCCUCACUCGGUAAAAGAGAAGAAGAGGAUAAAAGAAGCAGGAGGUUUUGUGAGUUUUAAUGGUGUGUGGAGAGUUGCUGGUGUCUUAGCAACAUCUCGUGCACUUGGUGACUACCCUCUCAAAGACAAGAAUCUUCUUAUUGCCGAGCCAGACAUCCUUAGCUUUGAUUGCAAAGAAAUACAACCCCAGUUCAUCAUUUUAGCUACAGAUGGAUUAUGGGAUGUGUUUGGUAACCAGGAAGCUGUGGAUUACAUCAAAGAGAGGCUACAUGAGCCUCACUUUGGUGCUAAAAGUUUAGUGCUGCAGGCAUAUUAUAGAGGAUCGCUAGACAAUAUAUCUGUGAUGGUUGUAAAAUUUGGUACAAAUUCGGAUCUGUUACGGUAGUUUUGGAUAAAAAAUUAAAGACUAAAAUUAUUUUAAAAGUUACGUCCAUGUAUGUGUUCAAAUAACUGAUGUCAUGAU